GGUUGGGCUCUAUGAUCUUAAAGGGCUUUUCCAACCCAAACGAUUCUAUGACUGGCUACUUACUGCUCCUUUGGCCAUAAUUUAGUAACUACUGAUCUAGAGAAGGUGGGAGGGAAAUGUAUAAGUAGUGUUUUGCUGCAAAGAAGACAGGGACUUCAUCAAGGGAGCUUUGGGUUGGAUUGGGACAGAACUAGGUGCUGGCAAGGGCAGCUGGAGGCGUUGGGGCCAGACUGGUGAGUUGGAUGCCAGGGUUAGAUGGGAUGCAGUUGAUCCUGCUCAAUGGCUGGGCUUUUGAUGACUUUUUGACAUCUCGAGGGCUUUGUUUUCAGAUAUUCCAUGCUGCAAUGCGGCUAGAAUAUGGAUGCUGGGGGCUGAGGAACCUCCCUGCUUUCCUUUCUCUGCUUGCGUUUCAGGUCACCUUCUACGAAGACAAGAAUUUCCUAGGCCGUUGCUACGAGUGUGACAGUGACUGCCCCGAUUUUCACACCUACCUGAGCCGCUGCAACUCCAUCCGGGUGGAUGGAGGCACCUGGGUGGCCUACGAGAGGCCAAACUUUUCUGGGAACAUGUACGUUCUGACGCACGGGGAGUAUCCUGACUACCACCACUGGAUGGGCCUUAAUGACCGCCUCAGCUCCUGCAAAGCAGUCCAGAUACCAAGUGGAGGCCGGGGCCACAUCCAGGUAUUUGAGAAGGGAGAUUUUGGUGGGCAGAUGUUCGAAGCCACCGAAGACUGCCCUUCCGUCAUGGAGGAGUGGCACAUGCGUGAGGUCCAUGCCUGCAGAGUGCUGGAGGGCGUCUGGGUUUUCUACGAGCAUCCCAACUACCGGGGCAGGCAGUACCUGCUGCCCAAGGGGGAGUACCGUAAACCUGUGGAGUGGGGAGCAGUGAGCCCUGCUGUCCAGUCCUUCCGCAGCAUCGCCGAGUGAGGCAGCCCAUCGACUGGGCUGCUGGAAGCCAUCAAUAAAGCA